AUGGAAAUGACCAAGCUUUUCAGCUAUAUUGUCAUUAAAAAUGUUUAUUACCCUCAAGUCAGCUUUGGAAUCUCAGCAAACACCUUCCUCCUUCUUUUCCACAUCUUCACUUUUGCUUAUACUCACAGGCUUAAGCCCAUUGACAUCAUCAUUACUCACUUGCCCCUAAUCCACAUACUGCUACUCUUCACUCAGGCGAUACUGAUGUCCUCCGACUUAUUUGAAUCGUGGAAUAUUCAGAACAAUGAUCUAAAGUGUAAGAUCAUCAUAUUUUUAAACAGGGUGAUGAGGGGAGUCUCCAUCUGCACCGCUUGCCUCCUAAGCAUGCUGCAGGCCAUCACCAUCAGCCCCAGCACCUCCUUCUUGGAAAAGUUUAAACAUAUUUCUGCAAAUCACACCCUAGGCUUCAUCCUCUUCUCAUGGGUCCUCAACAUGGUCAUUACUAAUAACCUUUUGCUUUUCAUUGUGCCUACCCCGAAUAGGAUUGGGGCCAGUCUUUUGUUUGUCGCUGAGCACUGUUAUGUUUUGCCCAUGAGCUACACCCACAGGAGCCUGUUUUUCAUACUAAUGGUUUUGAGGGAUGUCAUCUUCAUAGGACUCAUGGUCCUCUCAAGUGGCUAUGGGUGA